AUGGCGUUUCAUCGUCCUUGGCCAUUUCCAGAGUGUACUCAACCCGACAUGGCUCCUCAGCACCAGAAGCUGUCCAAGAUCGAAACCCUACGCCUGGCAAGAAACUACAUCAACUUGCUGACCCGCAUCCUGUCGUCCAGCUCCUCCCCGUCCAACGUGGAAUACGCCUAUUUGCUGUCGCGAGGACUGUCCCAGACGACUACAAACCUCAUUGCGAACAGUCUACAAGUCCACCCGAUGGCACUGAUGCAGGAAGGUAACCCGCUGUCACCUGACCAGUCACAGAUGCAACAGCUUCCCAGUUGCGAGGACUGUAGCAGCGUGCCCUGUGUGACCGACGCCUCCUGGAACCCGCCGUCCAGCUCGUGGUACUCCCAGCACGACUCGCUGAGUAUUUCCGGUGAAGCAGGUUCUUCCAUGACCAGCUCCACUCCCAGCCUCCUCGCCGCUGCCUACUGUCCGACUCGUCAGUACACAUCAACGCCGUUCGGCAGCGAGUCGCCUCCUCAAGUGUCAUUCGUUCCUUAUUUGGAACAGUUCCAAAAUGAUUAUACCACUCUGCCGUACGUACAAGCUGCAGCCGGUUCAGAGACUCAGCUUCUAACUACUUCCAGUGGCGUGCCUUACAAUUCAUCAUCCGGCUUUGUUAGCGGCGGUACACAAUCAAGCAGCGGUCACUUUGACCCCAUGAACAGAAGUUUCUGA